AAUAAAAUUAAAUUAUUAUUUCUAUGGCAUCAUAUCAUAGCAGUGAGCAGAUCAGGGUUAAGUAACAAAACCAAGCUGUCAUGCAUUUGCCAAGGAUAAUUGUGGGUUCUCAUUUCUCAAAUCAAAUCUUUUUGGCAGUUGAAGCAUGUUGGGCCUUGGCCUUGAAUGUCAUUUUUAAGACAAGGGAUGGGCCUGUGGGCUUGUAGUCCCAGUCCACAAGGCCCAAUUAAAACUGUGUGGCUAUUUUUGGGACUGUGAGGUAAGUCGGGUGCAAAAAUGAUGGUUCACGCCCACCGAGCAUUGAUGGCGAUUCCGGUCAGACUCACACUCAGAUCAUUUGCAUCCUCUGCUGCUGCUUUGAAAUGGGAAGGCGGGGUUUCAAUGGUUCAGGGAGCUUCUCGAGGAAUUGGCCUUGAAUUUGUUAAACAACUGCUGGAAAAGAAUGAAAAAGGGCAUGUUAUUGCCACCUGCCGUAAUCCUACAGGGGCAACAGGGCUUCUUGAAUUAAAAAAUGAGUUUGCUGAACGCCUUAAUAUUUUACCAUUGGAUGUGACUGUUGAAAGUACCAUAGAGGAGUCAGCAAAGUCCAUAACAGAAAGUCAUGGCUCUCUUAACCUUCUAAUUAAUGCAUCGGGCAUUCUUUCAAUACCCAGUGUAUUGCAACCAGAAACAACACUGAGCAAAGUAAACAAAUCAUCCAUGAUGCUUUCUUAUGAGGUUAAUGCCGUUGGUCCUAUUUUAGUGAUCAAGCAUAUGUGGCCUCUUCUGAAAGCUGGAGGAGGUUUUGGCACUGAAAGGGAUGUUGCAGUUGUGGCCAACUUAAGUGCUAGAGUUGGCUCUAUUGGAGACAAUCGUCUAGGGGGCUGGCACUCGUAUCGUGCUUCAAAGGCUGCACUUAAUCAAUUGACGAAAACUAUUUCAGUUGAGUUUGCAAGGAAGAAAGACCCAGUUGCAUGCAUUCUGUUGCACCCAGGCACAGUGGAUACAGAUCUGUCUAGGCCAUUCCAAAGAAAUGUUCCCGCCGAUAAGCUUUUCACCAAGGAGUUCUCGGUGCAAAAGCUCUUGACCAUCAUUAACAGUACAAAACAACAAGACAAUGGCAAGUUCUUUGCGUGGGAUGGUCAGGAAAUUCCUUGGUGAUUUACAAGUUUCAUUUUGAUAUAUACACAACAUGAAGAGAUGGUAUUGAUUUAAAUUUUUAUUAAAUUAAUAAA